GCACAUUUCAUUUUGUGCUUACCAAAGCUCUCGUCUUCCACGCUGGGCUGUGGAGGGAGACUGUGGGGACUGCCCAGGGUUUGGCUUGUUGCUAACCUAGGGGCCAACUUGGACACUCCUGUAUGUGCUCCCAGAAGCUAAGAACGUUCAGACAGAAAGACAUGGCCUGGAAAUGGACACCACUCCUGCUUUUGGUCUGCAUGUUCACCACAGUCAGUGCCCGUGACAGAACAGACCUGUUCAACGUUUGCAUGGAUGCCAAGCACCACAAGACAAAGCCAGGCCCAGAGGACAAGCUGCAUGACCAGUGUAGUCCAUGGAAGAGAAACGCCUGCUGCUCAGUCAACACCAGCCAGGAGAUACACAAAGACAACUCUCGUCUGUACAACUUCAACUGGGAUCACUGCGGCAAGAUGACACCCACCUGCAAGCGUCAUUUUAUCCGAGACACCUGUCUGUAUGAGUGCUCCCCCAACCUGGGGCCUUGGAUCCGGCAGGUGGACCAGAGCUGGCGCAAAGAGCGUUUCCUGGAUGUCCCCUUAUGUAAAGAGGACUGUCAGGAGUGGUGGGAAGCCUGUCGCACCUCCUCUACUUGCAAGACAGACUGGCAUAAAGGCUGGGACUGGACCUCAGGCAUUAACAAGUGCCCGGACACCACAGCCUGCCGCACAUUUCAGUACUACUUCCCCACCCCAGCCAGCCUUUGUGAGGGGCUCUGGAGUCACUCCUACAAGGUCAGCAACUACAGCAGAGGGAGUGGCCGCUGCAUCCAGAUGUGGUUUGACUCAACCCAGGGCAACCCCAACGAGGAGGUGGUGAAAUUCUAUGCUGCCCUUGUGACAGCUGGGGCUGUUUCCCAUUCAGUGGCACUUCUUGUGCCCAGCCUGGUCCCCGUGCUGUCAUUAUGGCUCCUUGACUGAGGCCAGUCCUCUCUCUAUAGACUUCUCCUCUAUCUGCCUGAAGCUGGGUCUCAGUGCAGCUCCUCUAAGAAUGAGAGAGUCUUAAGCCUGCUUCCAAACCCCACUCCUCUGUCAGCCAGUUCCUGCUCCAUGGGGCUUGGGGUUCCUACAACAGUCAUUUCUAAUAAAUCUGUGACACCUCUGGGUCUAA